AAGCAACACACAAACCACCAUGGCCGAUUCUAGGAAGCGGAAGGCGGUGACGAAAGAUGUCGACCAUGACCCUGCCGUUGUCUCUGGUGACGAAUUGGACUUUGGCCAGCUCGAUGGCACAAUAUCGGACGACGAGUCUGCCAGUGAGAGUGUGGAAGAUGAAUUGACAAGUGGUGGAGAAGACGAUAGUGAUGCUGUAUCCAUCGGAAGCGAGGAAAUACCAUCAGAAGAGGAUGAAGAAUUCCUGGGGCAGACAAAAGCCAAGAAGUCGCAGGGUGUCGACAUUAGUGUGGGCGAUGAAGACGCUGCCAGAAAAGAGCAACCCGAGGAAGAGCAGCCAAAUUACAAAAUUGUGAAGGGCGCGGAUGGCAACGAUCGAUACAUAUACAACGAAAUCGACCCUGGCGAGGACUCCGACUACUCUGUCCCAGAUGAAGGGGCCAACACGAUUGGCGAGAUCCCCUUGUCGUUCUACGAUUCCUACCCUCACAUUGGAUACAACAUCAACGGAAAGAAGAUUAUGAGGCCGGCAAGAGGAGAAGCAUUGGAUGCUCUACUUGACAGUAUAGAGGUACCCAAAGGAUGGACUGGCUUGACGGACCCCUCGACAGGGAAGCCUCUCGAGCUCACAAAGGAAGAGUUACAAUUAUUGAAGAAGGUGCAGAUGAACGAAAUACCAGCAGAUGGCUAUGAUCCCUAUGAACCCACAGUUGAGUGGUUCACAAGCAAGACCGAGACUAUGCCAUUGAGUGCAGCACCGGAGCCAAAGAGACGCUUCAUACCCUCAAAGCACGAGGCCAAACGUGUUAUGAAGAUAGUACGAGCCAUCCGGGAAGGUCGCAUCCUCCCCUACAGGCCUCCGAAGGAGGAUGUAGAAGAGGAGGAAGGUAUUCAGAACUAUGACAUAUGGGCCGAUGAGCAGCCGAGACCUGACCAUGCCAUGCAUAUGCCAGCCCCCAAACUUCCACCUCCUGGCUUCGACGAGAGUUAUCAUCCACCGCGAGAGUACUUGCCAGACAAGAAAGAGAAAGAGGCAUGGCAAAGGGCUGAUGAGGAGGAUCGAGAGAAGGAUUAUCUUCCAACAGAUUACACUGCUUUGCGGAGGGUGCCUGGCUAUGAUCGCUUCGUCAAAGAAAAGUUUGACCGCUGCUUGGACUUGUAUCUUGCUCCCCGAGUCCGCCGAACGAAACUUAACAUUGACCCUGAAUCACUACUACCCAAACUCCCCAACCCUGACGAAUUGCGACCAUUCCCGACACAUGAAGCAGGUCGAUUUCAGGGUCACAAAGGCAGAGUACGAUCUGUAGCCAUUGACCCCACUGGACAGUAUCUGGCUUCAGGUGGUGAUGAUUGUACAGUACGUGUUUGGACGCUCGAACCUCAGCGAGAGAUCUGGUCCGUCUCCUUGUCCUCCGAGUCGGCGGUGAAUGUGGUCCGGUGGCGGCCUGGCAAGGAUGCCCCUAUUCUGGCCGUAUGUGCGGGUGAUGAGAUCUACCUCUGCGUCCCUAGUCUUGGUUCCGACUUCAGCCCCGAAGCCGAGGCUGCGCAAGCCGUACUUGACGCGGGAUGGGGAUAUGCCGCGUCAGAAAGCGGCUCCUCAAAAUCUUCCAGCAUCAAGUGGAGUCGACCUUCGGCAGGUCAGCGUGACAAGGGUGUGGCCAUUGUGAUUCACCUUGGACACACAGCCAAAACGUUGUCGUUUCAUUCGGCCGGAAACCAUUUCGUCACAAUUUGCUCUGCUACUAGCGUCCCGACAUCUCAGGCAAUUGCCAUACACACCAUCACCAAGCAUCAAAGUCAACUACCAUUCCGCAAGAGAUUGAAAGGUGGAGGCACUCCUCAAGUCGCACACUUCCAUCCCAGCAAGCCAAUUUUGUUUGUGGCAAACCAGCGGGUUAUCCGUGCUUAUGAUCUGUCCAAGCAAUCAUUACUGAAAAUCAUUCAGCCUGGCGCUAGAUGGAUCAGCAGUUUCGAUAUUCAUCCGACCAGCUCAUCAACAGCGGGAUCAGACAACUUGAUUGUAGGUUCUUACGACAGGAGAUUACUGUGGAUGGACUUGGAUCUGUCAGCUCGCCCAUAUAAGACUUUGCGGUUUCAUGAGAAGGCAAUCAGAUCCGUUCGGUUCCAUCCCGCAACAGGUCGAUAUCCUCUCUUUGCCGAUGGCAGUGAUGAUGGAAGCAUCCAGAUCUUCCAUGGCCAAGUAACGAGCGAUAUGAUGAGCAACGCACAGAUUGUGCCAUUGAAGGUGUUGCGUGGACAUAAAAUUACUGGCGGACUAGGUGUCAUGGAUCUCGACUGGCAUCCUCAGCACCCGUGGCUUGUGAGCGCAGGAGGCGACGGAACUUGUCGUCUAUGGGUCUCGUAAAACAAAAACAAAACCAAUUCCAUUGGUAAACCAAAUAAAAUGAUAUUUCAGCUACA